AAUGACUAUUCCCUACGUAGUUCCUUCGUGACACUGGUGCCUAUUCAGAAAUAUACAUGGCAAAGGUCAAUUUACCAGCGAACAUUCGAAAUUUUUGCAAAAAACUUCGCUACCUGAACUACCUAUUCUGUACUGCCAAAAACGAGCAUGUGAAGCUGAAACGUUUCACAGGAUUCUUCUACGGAAUCACCUUGGGAAUCGCCUUCAACAAAUUCAUCCUGGUCGAUCUGAACUUCACCCCAGAAGCUGGCUUGCUAGUCGCCACAGUGAUAUGCCUGAUGCUCGGUUUCGGAAUAGCGUUCUCAUCCCAAAUCAGGUGCAUAACCUGUCUCAGCUUCCCCUGUUUCGGUGGCAAAGUAGGUAGAAGCGUCCUGAAAGCUCUGGUGAUAGCUUUCGUGAUAUCAGGACCUGUGGAGAACCUAACUAACAACGGCAGAGAAGUCGUAAGGGUGUUCGCUUGCACGGCCUCCUUAACUUUCAACCUGACCAAGACGAGGUUCGAGUUGAUGUUCAAACCCUUCGCUCAAGCAAUCUUCGGCAUGAAAACCGACGUCAACGAAGUCAAGGACACCUUGAGGUCAAUAAAAGACGUAUCGGCUCCUAUAACUGGAGAAAUGGAAGACGAGUCAGAAAUGAAGAAGCUCAAGGAAGAGAAUGACUACUUGGAUGCCCAGAUGGGGGACACGAAGAGAUCCUCGCUGACUGGGGACAAAUACGAGACUGUGGGCGAGAAAUCAGAAGCUCAGAGAUACGAGAAACUUUACUUGAAGAAGGUAGAACUGCGUUGCGAGAACCAGUUCACCAAGGCUGCAGAAAGAUGUCGCGACAUGUUCAAAAAUGGUUACAAUAAAUGCUACGAUACUGUCACCUUCAUGGCCGCAUGGUUGCUGUGUUGGCCUAUGAAGCUGGACUUCAUCUGCAAUAUUGCUGAAUCUCUUGGUGGUGCUAGCAGGUGCGAUCCUUCGAAAGACAUCAGUGCAGGGUUUGGCGAAGGCUACAGCUAUUUGAAACAAUCCAGAUCGUUCCUAUCCAAGAACUUCAAAGAUGUGAGACUGCAGUACAAAAUGGGGAAGCUCAAACCUCUGAAAGACAUCCGAGAUGCUAGAGAUACAGCAAAAGCUGUGCUACAUAGCGUCAACGCGAAGAAAGCUCUACUAAUGAAAAUCCUGGUCAUACUGAAGAGAGUUCUAGCCUUCGUGUUCUUGAGAAUCCUCCUUGAAUCCCAAAAAUAUCACGACAAGUAUCUGAGGGACAUCGAGUUUGAUAACAUCUACAUCACCAGGUACUUCAGGAAGAUAGAUGCUCGUAGGAAAGUCAAUGAGAAGUAUACUCUGCUUCCUCUGAAGAAAAUCGAAGGUAAGAAGUUGGUGGAUCCUUGGUCGAAGAAACCUUUGAAAAGCGAGCGCGAACAGCUGAAAUCGGAGGUCAUUCUGCUGAUGCUUGAGGUUCUCACUGUUACUAUUCUGGUUUUGCUGGAUAGACUGUUCUAUGAAGCUUUGGAUAUCAUAAGGAGGCAUGCCAAGAUUGAUUAUCUCCAGACUGGACAUCAUGACUUAUUUCUGGAUGUCAAAGGAACUGGUAUGAUUGCUUCCUUAUUGAGAUCUCUGGUUAAGGGAUUCAAUAUCAAGAAACGCAUAAGAAUCCAAAGAAGCAAUGAGAUUUGUUUACCAAGACCAAGACGAUUAUUGCACUAUUAUCUGCUCAAGAUUUACGGGGUGUACUUUGCCAUUCUGGUGAUGCUGUUUGUUCAAGCAUACACUCAGAGGCUGAGAAGACUCAUCUGCGCAUACUUCUACAGGAAAAGAGAGAAGAAAAGGGUACUGUUCUUGUACAAUGAGACCUUGAAGAGAAGGAAGGGGUUCUUCAGGUUCAUGAGGAAGAAGGUGAAACGUUUGGUCCAAGAGCAUCGCCUGAAAGAGGACUUCAGUGGUUUUGCCAUACUGAGGAUGAACUAUCCUAAGGUUUGCGAUUGGCUGAAAAUUUUCGCUUGCGCCAGGAGGGACUGUCUCAUUUGCCAGGAACCAGAGCCGAGGAAAAGGAGCGAUUUCGUGGAAUGUCCUAACGAGUUUUGUCAUUUCGUUUACUGCGCUGAAUGCUGGAAAGAUAUGGGACGCAUUUGUUUGGCUUGCCAGACUGAAACUGAAGAGACUACUAGUGGGUUCGAAGAUGAUGAUACAGAAUUCACGGAUUGACAUUUAUCGCUUUGUUGUGAAUUAUUGUGCAAGUUGACAAUUUUUGACUGUUGUUGUUAUGCUGUAGGACAUUUGAUAUUCAACUAUUGUAUACGAUAGCUUUUUGUGUCUAUAGAGGGCAACGUGAUAUAUUUCUGCUCAAUACUGCCCCUCCUGGGAUUGAACCUGGAUCAGCCGCUUGGUGAGCUGCGCUUCAGGCCAUAUGACUACUGGAAUAAUAAUCUCAAAACAUAUUUAUCUGUAAUAGUUUGCAUGUUGAGACCAACUGAUUUUUUCGCGUGAGAAUUAAAGUACUUAAGUUAGUUUGACGUAGGCCAGUUUUUCACUCACA